AUGGAUGGCCGGCGACCGCACGAGUUUCGAUCUAUGGAGCUGACCGUGUCGCCGCAUGCGUCUGCUACGACGUCACUGGUGCCGACGACUGCGUCGGCAUCCGUGCGACCUGAUGGCUCGGCGAAAGUAACCCAAGGACUCACCAGUGUGACGGCAUGUAUAUAUGGUCCACGCGAGCCGUCGCGCAUGGCGCGUACGCCGAUCGUGCGUCCGAACCGUGCGAGCAUCCACGCUGAGAUUGCCAUGGCGCCGUGGGGUGGCCAAGAUUGGCGGCAUCGCUCGCGUAACGACCGGCGCAUUGUUGAAUGGGCGAAUGCCCUGCGCUCAACAUUUGAGCCAGUGGUGCAGCUGCACCUGUAUCCCCGUGCGCAGAUCGACAUGGUGCUGUAUGUUCAUCAGCAGGAUGGAGGCGUGCUGCCUGCCAUGAUCCACGCGUGUACACUGGCACUGAUGGAUGCGGGUGUGGCCAUGAGCGACUAUGUAACAGCGAUGACAUGUGGCCUAUACGGCUCGACGGCGCUACUGGACCUGAAUGUGACGGAACAGAUGGAUCUGCCGUAUGCAACCGUGGCUAUUCUGCCGCGCACGGGCGGUGUGCCACUACUUCAGCUCGACACGCGUAUGCACAAGGACCGCUUUGACACGAUGAUGCGAACGUGCGUCGAAGCGGCCGAUGUGCUACAGAGCGAGUUGGACGCAGCCAUCCGUGGCCGAACGGCGCAGCUGGUGGAGGCCGCCGUAGCGUCGCGACCGAGGCCCAUGGAUCGAUAG